UGCUGCUUGAAGACUUGGGAGAGCAGGGGAUGCAGAGUAAGCCCCACUAACUAGAGUAACGUCCACACGCGCGACGGCGGUGAGCUUGAGCUUCGAGUUCCGCCUAAAUAAACGCUCGCCGCCAUCACCACCACAUCGCAUCACAGCAUCGUCCAACAUCCGCGCCCACUAUGGCUUUCAAAUACCUAAUCCUCCUUUCGCGACAAGGCAAGGUGCGCCUCGCAAAGUGGUUCUCUACCCUCGGCCCAAAAGACAAAGCCAAGAUCGUCAAGGAUGUCACGGCACUCGUCCUCUCACGUCGGACCCGCAUGUGCAACUUCCUCGAAUAUAAAGAUAGCAAAGUCGUCUACCGCCGCUACGCGUCGCUCUUCUUCAUCGCCGGUAUCGACGCCACCGACAACGAGCUGAUCACGCUGGAGAUUGUGCACCGCUACGUGGAGCAGAUGGACAAGUACUACGGCAACGUGUGCGAGCUGGACAUCAUCUUCAACUUCCAGCGGGCAUAUUUCAUCCUUGACGAGCUGCUGCUCGCGGGUGAGAUGCAGGAGACAAGUAAGAAGACGGUGUUGAGGUGCAUUGCGCAGCAGGAUGCGAUUGAGGAUACCGAGGGCGAGGAGGAGGGUCUGAGCAGGAUGAUGGGGGGCAGCUAGGCGCUGGGGCCGAAGGGAGCGUAGUGUCGUGUGGCCUGUGGCCUGUGGCGUGUGCGCGAUUUGGGGGCGUUCUUAGACUCGUAAUCAUCGUUCCAUUCUCGUAUGUAGCUGGCUGGUUUGGUUGGCUGUGACUUGACUUCACGUGCUCUCACUCGCGGGAUUGAGGCUCAGGAAACGGAAUUUACCCGCCCCAACGACAAGAACCGAG